UAUUAAUACGAUUUCUUCUCUAUCAUUUUUCAAAACAAACUAAAACAAAGUGACUUUUUUCCACCAUUUUUUUCCUAUUGUCUUUAAUCGGUGAAACAUCGCACAGUCAUCGAUAAUGUUAGUGACAAAACAUUUCGUUUAAGCAAUAUUAUUUUGUACGGAAAAUUUUGUUAUUUGUUUUGUUGUUCGGAACGAAAAGCGAAUUUAUUUUGGUCUUAAAAAAAGUUUGAAAAAAAUAUUUCAAUUUUAAAUUGUUGAACGCGCGAAUUUGUUUGUUCUCGCUAUUAAUAAACAAAUUUGUUGGUGCAAAUAAAAAUGAGUGUCGAAUGUGGUAUGGAAUUAUCACGAAAGAUAAACAUUGAUUACACAACAAAUCAAAAGGAUGAGGAACGACAUUUGAUCGGGGAAAAAUUGGGCAAUUCAUUAUUUGUGGAAAAUUCGAAGGUUAAACGUGAAAAAUCACCCAGUUCAUCUCAAAAUAAUGCUGAUGAAAUGACAGCAGAUAAUUCGCGAUUGAAUGCAGAGAAGAAAAACGAUAACAAUCAUACAGCACAAUCGGAUGGUAAUGGAAAACGCUCGAAAACACCCCUCUGCUACGAUUUUAAAAAGGGCAUGUGUCGCCGUCGUUUCUGCCGGUAUCCGCAUGCAAUGACCAGUGAUCAAGUGGUUUUCUGUCACGAUUUUCAAAACAAUGGAUGCUUUCGAUCCAAUUGCAGAUUUAUUCAUCGAACAAUAGAGGAUGAAGAGCAUUAUAGAGCCUAUGGGGUGUUCCCAACAGAAAGACCUACGAUUGUCCCGAAUAUGAAUCAGUCCGAUCAUCAUAUAGCACCACCUUCGCUGCCGCCACCCCAUUUGAAUUAUGGCUAUGCAAAUCGUGAAAAUAUGAUGACAAAUCCCCCACCACAAUCAAAUCAACAACCAUCAUUUACGCAGAAUUCGUCAAUGCCUUUGGUAUCACGACGACGUUCAUUUGGUAUGACUGACAACAACAAUCAUGAAACGAUUAUACCAUCAAAACGGUCACAUAUGGAAGAUUUACGUUCAACGACGGUGCCUACAUACAAUACACAGAAUAAUGAUGCGGCCCAUCAGUGUCGAUUUGUUGAGCAAAAUGUUGGCCAAGCUGUGAAUGCACAAUCAACGACCGUACCAACGUCGGUCGUCAUUACCGAAGACGUUAUCAAUAUUUAUCGGUUAUACGAAGAGCACAAUUUACUGCGAAGACGUGUUGAAAUUAACGAAGAAAGAUUACAAGAGUUACGUGCCACAAACACGUAUUUACUACAACAAAAUGAGCAACUAAGACGACAAACACAAUGUAGCUGUACAAAUACAAUUGUGAAUCCGGUCACAUUAACGACAGCAUCACAACAAUCAGCAACACCGGUUUUGAAUGCGGUUUCAAUAGCGCCCGUUCAAAUGCAAGCAACGCCAAUUGUCAGUAUAGCAAGUAUAGCGCAGCCACAAACUCAAAUCAUAGCAAGUAGUGCACCCAUAGCAAUAGCGGCGACAACAAGUCAAGGUCAACAGCUUGCAUUGGCCAGCGGUACACAAGUUGUACAACAAGCAAGUACUGGACAAAUCAUCGGUACACCGGCACAAAUUACACUGGCUACGGCACCAUCCAUGGGAAUCACAAUGAAUACAUCACAACCGAUAGCUAUGUCCAAUGCAACACAGCCCAUUAUUUCCUAUCCAGUUAUGACACAUAGUAUUUUGCCACAUUAAAUCAUAAAGCACUUAAUGUGUGUUACUAAUACACAAUGAAUAUAAAAGAAAAUGCUCGUGUCAGCAAUUGCUUCCUUCACGCGUUAAAUGCGAACUGAAAAAAUUUGCAAAUAAUUCGGCUAUUGUAUUUAGUUUUUUAGAUUGUUCAAAAUUUUCUUUAGAAAAUAAGGC